AUGAUAAUAGAUGCAGAAGAUAGAGAUAACAAAUUUCUAACAAAAGCUGUUGAAGAAGUAUAUAAAGGUGUUAAAUGUGGUGAUGGACGCCCAUUUGGUGUAGUCAUUGUUCAAAAUGAUGAACUUGUUGUUAGCUGUCAUAACAUGGUUUUAAGAAACAAAGAUCCUACUGCUCAUGUUGAGGUUAUCGCUAUAAGAGAGGCUUAUCAAAAGCUGGAUCAAAUUUCCCUUGCUGACUGUGAGAUCUAUGCGUCUUGUGAGCCGUGUCCAAUGUGCUUUGCUGCCAUUCAUUUUUCAAAAAUUAAGGCAGGCCUUUUCAACCCCUUUCAUUUUCUCUUCACAUUACACGUUUCUCUAACCUCUUUUAAAUUGAUCUCUAAUUUGUUCAUUCUCAUCCAGCAGAGAUUGGUUUACGGAGCCAAAGCAGAAGCUGCGGUAGCUAUCAGAUUUGAUAGUUUUAUUGCGGAUGCACAGAAGGAUACUAGUUCUCCUCAGAAGCCUCAGUUGGAGAUCAAGAAGAUAGAUGGUACUGCUGAUGUAAUUGUGGAACAAGUAUUUGAGAAGACAAAUGGCAAGUAUGCUCUCUACUGA